AUUUGCGAACAAAAGGUUCCUUUUUUUCGUACCGUAAUCAUGAUAUAUCAUCAUAUAAUAAGCGUGCUGGUCAACGUAUGCAUUCAACAAAUAAACUCCAUCUUCGUCGCCCCCAUCAUCUAAUCCCCUUUUAAAAUCCUAAUCCCUGAUCAACAUUCUACCUUAGACUUCUCUGUUUUCACACCGGAUCAGAUUUUGAAUCGGCCGGACUGAUGGGGAAAGGAGGCGGCUGUGUUCCCAGCAAGAAUAAACUCACCAAAACCAACUCCAGCAGCCGAUCCAAACCACCUCUGCCGCCAGAAACCAAUGUUUCCGGCGAGCCCAGCUCCACCACCGCCGCAAUCGGCGCCGAAUCUGCCGGGACCUUAAACCCAACCCUUCAGAAUCUGAAAAUCUUCAUCGUAUUCUACUCCAUGUACGGCCACGUGGAGGGCUUGGCGAGAAGAAUGAAGCAGGGAGUGGACGCCGUGGACGGCGUUGAGGCCGUGCUUUACAGAGUCCCUGAGACCCUCUCCGAUGAGGUUCUCAGUCAAAUGCGCGCCCCGGCCAAGGACGGUGAAAUCCCUGUGAUUUCCUCGGCCGCUGAGCUGGCUGCCGCUGACGGGUUGUUGUUUGGUUUUCCGACGAGAUAUGGGUGCAUGGCUGCCCAAAUGAAAGCAUUCUUUGACUCUACGGGGCAGUUAUGGAAGGAGCAGAAGCUUUCCGGAAAACCUGCAGGGUUUUUUGUAAGUACCGGGACUCAAGGAGGUGGACAAGAAACAACUGCUUGGACAGCAAUCACACAGUUAGCACAUCAUGGCAUGCUCUUCGUUCCAAUCGGGUACACAUUUGGGGCUGGUAUGUUCAAAAUGGACUCCAUUCGAGGCGGAUCCCCCUAUGGUGCAGGGGUUUUUGCUGGCGAUGGGUCACGAGAACCUACUGAGACUGAGCUUGCUCUGGCGGAACAUCAGGGAAGGUAUAUGGCUGCUGUUACUAAGAGGCUGGUCCACGGUUGAGAUCUUAGAUUGUUUCCUUCAGAUUUGUUCCUCUUGCUCAGGUGGUGUCCUAUAUACGGUCCAUAUUUAUUAGUUAAUUAAUGACUGCCCAUUAAGAUGCAGAUAUAUUCUUCUUUCUAAAAAAAGAACACAAAAUGUAUAUUUCUCAUCUUUCUUCGGUUUUGUCUAAAAGGUUGUAAUAUGAUUCAUUCUUUUUCGAAGACAUAUUUUGCAGUACAUCAUACAUGUUACUUUUUGAGGUACUUGAUUCUUUUGUGUGAUGAAGUUUUUUUUUGAAG